UCUGAGAUAAUUGAGUCACUGUGGGGACAGUAAAGUGUCCUUCUCAUUGUACUGCCAUUUCAGUGAUUAUUAAUUCACUAUUAUAAGAAAUUUCCUGAGAUUCUACUGAAUCUUAGUGAAAGUGAAAGUAGAAAGGCCACUUCGGAAAUUGAGGAAUGUAUUCAAUUCCUGGCAUUCACUCCUUGGAUAGGAAAGGGGUAGGGAGUAGGUAAGGGAGUCAUUGGGAUUUUUUUUUUAACGCACAUAAUUGAUAAGGUUGUCUUGGCUCUGUGGGCUAUUUUGUGAACCUUGUAAUAGAAGGAAACUUUAAAUGGCUAAUAAGUCAUUCUCAGCUUGUGCUGGAUAUCCUACAUAGGAAUAGGGAAAACACAAAGCUUGCAUGAAGGAAGAACAUGGAAUCCUAUAUACAGUGUCAGUAUUGGUGGUUUUUUCCUAUGUAACUUCCUAGAUACCUUACCCGUUCUUCUUUUAUCUUUCCCUUUCCCCAUUCUGCUUUUCCUCUAAGUGGUUUAAAACAAAAUUCAUCUACUGCAGAGUCUUAUAAACACAAACUCCGGAAAACAUGUUCAGUAGAUAAGGGGUUCCUUUUGAAAAGGGCUACACCGGAGUAAGCAUCCCCAGAACUCAUCUAAAGCCCAUCGCAGACGCACCUGUCUGUAAUCUCAAUACUCUUACUGUGAGAUGGAGGGCAAAGAUAGGAGAGGAUCCUGGAAUCUUGCAGAUCAGCUUGCCUAGAGCACGUACCAGCAAACAAGAGACCUUUGCCUAAACAGUGGGAGACCAGCACCUGCAUUAUCCUCUGACCUCCAUUUACACCUGUGUUGUGCAUUCAUACAAGCAUAUACACAAGCGUGCACACACACAUACACACAUGUUAAAAAUAUAUAAAUAAUUUCAAAGAGAUAUAUCUUUUCAUGAUAGAAAACCAGAUGAAGAUUCUAACAACAGGCAUAAGUAUAAAAAGCCCAGGGUGCAUGGCUCAAACUAAAACAUCAUCUUUUCUGAUCCAUUUAACUAUCCUGGGCAUAACAAUUAACCAUAGUUUUAACUGUUAUUUCUGAGUUUUAUGCUUCAACUACAAAGCUUGCCAUUUUUCACAAUAUCUCUUAAGUUCCUAUUGUAACAUUAUCACCUAAAAUUUUUGGGGGGACAGAGCUUACCUUUGCUGGUCUGGAACUCAGUAUUAUAGAUCAGGAUGGCCUUGAACUCAUGGAGAUCCAUCUGGCUCUGUACACCGCCCCCAAGUGCUGGAAUUAAUGACUUAUGACAAUAUACCUGACAAUUGAAACAUUACCAAAUAUACAUUAUCCUCAAAUCACAGACAAAUAUAUAUAUUCAAUAAAAGUAUUUCUCCAAGAUGACAAACCCAGGAGAAAAUCCAAACACUUACUAUAUUUAGUUUCCAUGCGCUCAUGCUAUUGCUUGAAGUCACUGUAUGUAAGAAUGUCCCUACCAAGUCCUGUAGCCAGGGUACCAUGGCUAAAAAUGUUAAUCUUACAUGAUUGACAUGAUUUAUGUUACAUGUCUAAUUGCCAAUUCAAUCAAUAAGAAGCAAAACAUACUACUUAUAAAAAUAUACCAUAUAGUGACAAUAGGCUUCAGGGAAUCGGCAAACAGAUACAUGUGGACCAUGAAGUCACAUUCUUUUCUACAAACAUAGCUUGAAGUAUGUGCUUCCUUUGAGUUUCAAGCCCUUAUCUGAUAAGUCUUCAGUGUCUUUCCUAUAAUUGUCAUGGACAGUGCAUUUUUCCCUACUGUCUUUUUCUUAGUGAAAGGUCACGAAACAGGGCUGGAAUUACCAUUCUCCCCACCCACAACAGACACAACCUAAGAAUUCGUGUUAGCCAACUUUCCAAUAUGAAGCAAAGUCUCCCCUUCCUCCUGCGACAGCUGAGUCAUCCUCUGCUAGAUAAGAGUCACUAUUUAAACAGCACCAGAAGCUCACCCACUGGCAGUUGUCUGAGGUCCUUGACUCCUUCAGUUUCUCACUCUUGGCAUGAAUUUGGAAAUGAUUUUUGAUGACAAGAUGAAGCCUGUGAAUGAGCAGCCUGAUCAGAAGUUAUGUCACAACAAGGCUAAAGGUUUGCGUUUUCUUUUCUCCCCAUGGUGGUGUCCUGUUGCUAUGACUCUGGUCAUCCUUUGCGUGGGGUUAUCCGUGACUCUUAUUAUACAGUGGAUGCAAUUACUCCAGGUAUCCGACCUCCUAAAGAAAUACCAAGCAAACCUUACUCACCAGGAACAUACCCUGGAGGGACAGAUCUUAGCCCAGCAGCAGGCAGCAAAUACUUCUCAGAAGAAACUCAAGGAAACAAUAGACACUCUCACCUGGGAGCUGAAUGAGAAAACCAAAGAACAGGAGGAACUUCUGCAGCAGAACCAGAACCUCCAAAAAGCCCUGCAGAGAGCUGCAGAUUUUUCAGUACUCCAGGUAACCGAACUCCUAAAGAAAUACCAAGCAAACCUUACUCACCAGGAACACAUCCUGGAGGAACAGAUCUUAGCCCAGCAGCAGGCAGCAAAUGCUUCACAGAAGAAACUCAAGGAAACAAUAGACACCCUCACCUGGGAGCUGAAUGAGAAAACCAAAGAACAGGAGGAACUCCUGCAGCAGAACCUGAACCUCCAAAAAGCCCUGCAGAGAACUGCAAAUUUUUCAGGCCCUUGUCCACAAAACUGGCUAUGGCAUAAAGAACACUGUUACCUGUUCUCUUCUGCACAGUCCUCCUGGGCAAAGAGCCAAGAAAACUGCCUGUCUUUGGAUGCACAGUUGCUACAAAUUAAUAGCAUAGAUGAUCUGAGCUUCAUCUUGCAAGCAACUUCUCAUUCCACCUCGCCAUUCUGGAUGGGAUUGCAUCGGAAGAAAAAAAAUGACCCGUGGCUGUGGGAGAACGGCUCUCCGCUGCGGCCUCACUUAUUCAGGAUCAGGGGAAUUCCUUCCCAGACUCAUCCAUCAGGCACCUGUGUGUACAUUCAAGGGGGAGGUAUUUUUGCUGACCACUGCAUUUUAACUGCAUUCAGCAUAUGUGAGAAGCAGGCAGGCCUAUCGCCAACAGAGUGAAGUUAAAGAUUCUGAAAGAACAGAAGACUUAUGACUGUUAGAAAAUUUAAGCUAUUCCUGCUUACUUGAAUGUGAAACAUGAUUUUCAUGACAGCAGUCAGCUAACUGCUAGCAUCAGUUCUCACCAGCAGAGGCAAGAACUAGAAGCAGAGACUAGGUAUCCAGUUGUUGGACAUCUUUGUAUCAAACGUUGUGAGUUUGUUUAUCCAUACGUAUUAGCCUUGCCCUUCCCAAGCCUCCUGGCCAUGCUGCAAUCCUUCAUCGCUCUCUUUUUUGAAACGAUGACUCCUGCCUGACCUGGAAAAUGCUUUCUAAUCAGUCUCCUAUACCUCAGUGCACCUUAUGGAGCUGCAUAAGGAAGACAGAAUGUGGAGAAACUGUCCUAGUGCAGGCAGGGGCUCAGAAGGGAAGUGUGCCUCUGAAGCAGCACGCGGAGAAACAGAAUGGAGGAAAAGCCACACUGCAAGAAGGAACUUGUGUUCCUGCUAGAAGCCACAGCUUGACCAUUGUGACUGUGUUCCAUCUCCAGACUGCAUCAUUUUCACAUUUACAAUUUUAAUUUUAUAUUUAUUUUAUGUUUGUGGGGGUUUGUCUACAUGUGCACCACAUCAGCAUCUGGUGCCAUUUGGAGGUCAUAAAGUAGCAUAUGAUCUUCUGGAAUUGGAAUUUACAGGUGGUUGUGAACUGCUAUGUAGGUGCUAGGAAUUGAACUCAUGUCCUCUGGGAAAACAGCCAGUGCUCUUAACCAUGAGCUGUCUCUCCUGCCCUUGUGAUCAGUUCUUACAUAACUAAUCUCUUCCUCUUUCCUCUACCAAGCAACAGUAUUGUUAUUUUAACCCUUUAAAAACAGUGCUUGUUAGAACCAUAUAAUAUGUGGCCCCAAAGCAAGACCAGAUUUUUCCCCUAAGUUACACAUCCCUUGUAGACAACCUUUCCUUGAUCCUGUCAUGCUAUGCUGUGAUUCAGAAACACACAUGACCAAAAUGAAAGAAACUAAGUUUCAGGACAAGUUUUUAGAGCAAUAUGAUCUGAGCAUAAAAAUGGUAUUCGGUUGAAACAGAUGAACUAAGAGACUUCUAUUUUCAAAACCUCCAUUUUCCCCACAAACUUCAGACACUUCCACAUCAAAGGAAGCUUUUUAUUGUUUUAGGCCAACAAUCGUGUGUGUGUGUGUGUGUCUGUGUGUGUGUGUGUGUGUGUGUGUGUGUGUGUGUGUGUCUGUGUGUGAAGAUGUGUCCUUGGGAAGAUGAGACAGGGAUCACUUUUUCACUGGCAGUUUUUCUAUGUAACGAACUUAUAAUAAAUUGAAUUUGUAAGUCCUGUAAACUGUGGUGGUCAAGUCACCAUAGCCACAAUGAUGCACAUGUCUGUCACUCCUGCCCCUUUCCAAGCCUUCUCCCUAAAACAAACACUGAACUGCUUUCAGAUUACAUUUCAUAGAGCUUAUAAUUUUUUUAAGACAGGGUCUCACUAUGUAGCUUUGACUGGCCUGGAACUCACUGUGAAGACCAGACUGACCUCUGACUCACAGAAUUUGUUCUGCCUCUGACUCCCAAGUUCUAAGAUUAAAGAACUGCACUGCCACAUGUGACUCAUACAGUUUAUAUGCAUGGAAUUAUAAAUAUGUACUUUUGGCCCAGGUUCUUUCACUUGGUGCUAUUACUUUGGUAUGCAUAUAUCUUCAUUUCAGUGUUAAACACCCCACUAUGGGUACAUACUGCUAAUUGUUUAUCUGUGUAUUUGUUGAUGCCAUUUGGGUUGUUUCUGUUUGAGUUCACCUACAAAUAAAGUUACUAUGAAUGUC